AUGGCCCUCAGGAGAUUGUCCACCGAGGGCUUUGCUUCCAGCCCUAGUGCCCACCACAGGACUCAGGAUGAUCUAAGCUUUGAUUCGUCAGAAACUUGUCUGUCCUCAGACAGGAAUGAACAGGACAAGGUGGAGGCCUCUGACAGGACUGUGAUGAGGCAUCCCCUGGUCACCAUUCGUCUACCUAUCCUCAGCACCUCUGGCCUUCUGGAACGCUGGCUGGGGCUGGGGCUGGGGCUGGGGCUGGCACUGGGGCAGCCAACCCAACACUUGUCUUCCACACCUCGGCUUCUCCUGGGCCACCCACUACUGCUGGCCAGUUGGAGGUUGCUGGGGCCUCGGCCAGCUUUUUGCCUCAGUCAAAGCACGGGGAACUCAGAGAGGGGGAGGGAAAUGGAGAGGGCAGCUUGGGCUACCCCAGGGAAGAUCCACCCAAGGCCCGAGGCUGGGCAAGAGGGAGCCCAUGCCUCCUCUCCAAGUGGGAAUCCUGCUUUGCCUUUGGCCACCUGGGGCAUGGUUUUGGCUGCUGGCCUUUGCUAUCUGCAUCCCCAGUGGUCAGGGGUGUCCUUCAGGGAGCCUGCAGCAGGUGAGGUUGCCAGGAGUGACGAGGGUGAGGCUGUGCAUGUCAGGCAGCUUGGGGAGAACAGCUGUGUCCUGGUUGAAGCUGAAUACAACUGGAUCGCCCCCUCUGUGGAUAGCAAGAAAGCAGUCCUCGAAGGAGCCAUCGUCCCAGCCUCUCAGGGGCCUCCUCAGACCCUGUAG